AUGGACACCUCAAUUCUUGCAAAAAGAAAGCAUAGUCAAGACGAUGGCAAUCAGCAAGAUUCGAGCAACAAGAAACUACAGCUAGAUACCCCGGAAAUCCGUGGCAAUGACGAAUAUAACCAAAAUAAUGCAGAGGAGGAAGAAGCGGAAGAAGCGAUAAAGCAGUUUUCUUCUGAUCAACGAUUAGCCCUACCAGAUGAGCCUAUUUGUGUUGUGUGUGGAAAAUACGGCGAAUAUAUCAACGAUGACACCAAUCAUGACAUUUGCAGUUUACAAUGUAAAGCAAUCAAUACGGAUUUGAACCAGCACAGACUUGUUAGAAAAAAGGCCAAAAAACCAGUGAUAAUCACGCAUAUUCGAGACUACGUUGCAGCCAAUGUUCAUGCCAAACUGACGAAUUACCAAGAGCCACCUUCCAUCGCUAGCAUGAGCCCACAACAGGUCGAUCAAAUGCUGAAAGCACACGAAGUGGAAGUUACUGGAAGCAAUAUACCCAAACCAUUCAGCACAUACGAUCAACUUGCACCAGUUUUGGGCGAUACCAUUUUACACAACAUUGAAUCGAUGGGUUGGUCCAUGGCCACAGGCGUGCAGCGACAGGCAGUUACUAUUGGGCUCGCGGGACGAGAUUUGAUGGCUAUUGCACCCACACACAGCGGAAAAACUGCUGCCUUCUGUAUUCCGAUGCUGGUGCACUGUGUAUCGCUCUCAAUGAUAGACGAUUACAAGCGAAGAGCUGGACCUUAUGCGAUAAUCAUGGCGCCCACCCGUGAGCUGUGUUGCCAGAUUGAAAAUGUCAUGAAGAGUUUGGCCCAAGGUCUUCGAAACAUGCGCACAGGACUUUUGAUUGGAGGAGAGCCCUUACCAAAUCAGUUGCAUCGACUGAAAAAAGGGGUUCAAAUCAUCAUUGGGACACCUGGUCGUAUUUUAGAUGUGAUCACUCACCAUCCAAAACUGUUUCGUGCGUGGAAAAUUCAGAUGCUCGUUUUAGAUGAAGUCGAUGCCAUGUUUAGUCUGGGAUUUGGAACGCAAGUGAAGCAAAUUUUGGGGAAGAUGCAAGACCACAAGACUGUCCGACAGACAUCGUACUUUUCAGCUACCAUGAGUGAUGACAAGAUGCUGGAGCGACUCUACGACAAACUCGUCUUGCCCAUUGAAAUCAAGGUUGAGCAGCAAAAAAAGAUAACGAGGUUACCUGAAGCAAGUGAUCAAGUGCGACAAACAAUCCUCUGGGUGGACAACAAGAGCAAAGCCAAACGCCUGUUCUCUAUUUUAAGAGAUCCAAAAUAUUUUGUGAUACCCAUACUUGUAUUUGUUGCUAGUCGACUGGGAGCAGAGUUCUUGACCAGAGCGAUAAAGAAACGAAAUUCCCAUUUGCGAGUGGUGGCCAUGCAUGGAGAUAAAACGCAGGAGGAAAGAGCGAUGAUCAUUGCGGGGAUUAACCAAACAGAACCAUUGUGGGAUAUCAUUGUUUCAACUGAUGUACUUGCGCGCGGCAUCGAUUUACCAUCUGUGCGGCUCGUUAUCAAUUAUGAUAUGGCAACAACGCUGGAUGAUUAUGUUCAUCGCAUAGGUCGUGCUAUUUUGCAGAAGCCUUUGCCAGCAAAUUCAAAACAGCAGAUGGGAUGGUCUAUUACAUUUAUCAAUCAAGAACAUCAACAUUUACUGAAAUCUUUUGCAACCAUGCUCUCCAACAAGUCCGUUGCCAUGGUAACACCAUUGCCCUCACAAUUGAAACGACAUUUGCAAUAA